GCACCAAAGUCGAACAAAUUCAUCAUUCGUUCGUCUGUCGCCAUCAGUGAGUGACGUCGAGACUUACUAACCUACGAUUUUAAAAUAUUGUUUAUUAAAGUUUUCUCACAAUGGGUUGCGACGGUGGUACAAUCCCUCGACGAAAGGAACUCGUCAGGAUGAAGAAGAAGCCAGAACAGAAAGAUAAAGAUGCAGAACGGUCAUUCAAGUGGCGUAACUGCGCUCUGUCCCAGCAACCUUUGCAAGAGCCUGUGGUAGCCUGUGGCCUCGGUAGGCUGUACAGCAAGAAUCCUGUGCUUGAGGCGCUGGCCGGGGAAACUAAGCCAGACUUCAUUAGCCACAUCGAAAGUUUAGAGGACAUCAAAGACUUAAACCUGGUGAAAAACCCCGCAUAUACAGCUGCUGAUCACACCCAUGGCGACGUGGGUGUGGGCAAUGCCCCCUACAUCUGCCCCAUCAGUGGACUGGAGAUGUCCGGCAAGUUCCGCUUUGUGUUCCUCUGGAACUGCGGGUGUGUCCUCGCUGAGAGGGCACUUAAAGAAGUCAGACAGAAUCACUGUCACAUGGUAAGCUUUAAACCAUGUUACUAA